CAUGACACACUGCACAACUGAAGAAGACUCAGUUGCCUGAAAACAACGACAGCAAAGAAUGAAAAUAUUAUUUUGAUUUGGUUAUAUUUCAGCGUUUGUAAAUUCAAAGGAGAUUACCUUUAGUUGUACACCAUGGAGCCGACAGCGCCCAAAAGCAAGCUGAAGAAACUGAGUGAAGACAGUCUCACAAAACAACCCGAGGAGGUCUUUGAUGUUCUGGAAAAACUUGGUGAAGGGUCCUAUGGCAGUGUGUUUAAAGCCAUCCAUAAGGAGUCAGGCCAGGUGGUGGCUAUCAAACAGGUGCCUGUUGAGUCAGACCUCCAGGAGAUCAUCAAGGAGAUAUCCAUCAUGCAGCAGUGUGACAGUCCCUAUGUGGUGAAGUACUAUGGCAGCUACUUUAAGAACACAGACCUGUGGAUAGUGAUGGAGUACUGUGGAGCCGGCUCUGUUUCAGACAUCAUCAGACUACGCAAUAAGACGCUCACAGAGGAUGAGAUCGCCACCAUCCUCAAGUCCACAUUGAAAGGUCUGGAGUAUCUGCAUUUCAUGAGGAAGAUCCACAGAGACAUCAAGGCAGGCAACAUUCUCCUCAACACAGAGGGCCAUGCCAAACUGGCUGACUUUGGAGUAGCGGGACAACUCACGGACACGAUGGCAAAGCGGAACACAGUGAUCGGGACUCCGUUCUGGAUGGCUCCAGAGGUCAUCCAGGAGAUAGGAUAUAACUGUGUGGCAGACAUCUGGUCCCUGGGCAUCACCUCUAUAGAGAUGGCUGAGGGAAAACCUCCCUACGCUGAUAUACAUCCCAUGAGGGCUAUUUUCAUGAUCCCAACCAACCCUCCACCUACGUUCAGGAAGCCUGAGCUGUGGACAGACGACUUCACACACUUUGUAAAGAAAUGUCUGGUGAAGAACCCAGAACAGAGAGCUACAGCCACACAACUACUACAGCAUCCGUUCAUCACGGCAGCCAAGCCAGUCACCAUCCUGAGAGACCUGAUCACUGAGUCCAUGGAGAUGAAGGUUAAGAGACACCAGGAGCAGCAGAGAGAGCUGGAGCAGGAGGACGACUCUGAAGAGGAGGUGGAGGUGGACUCCCACACCAUGGUGAAGUCUGGGUCAGAGGGGGCUGGCACCAUGAGAGCUACCAGCACCAUGAGUGACGGAGCUCAGACCAUGAUCGAGCACGGCAGUACCAUGUUAGAGGCAGACCUGGGAACCAUGGUCAUCAACAGUGAUGAGGAGGAGGAGGACAACGACGAAGGCUCCAUGAGGAGACACCCCACCUCCCAGCAGGCCCUGAGACCCUCCUUCAUGGACUACUUUGACAAGCAGGACUCUAACAAGGUCCAACAGGAGAGCUAUAACCAUAACCAGCAGCAGGAACCAGGCUAUCACAUCAGCCAGGCUAAGAACGUCUUCCCUGACAACUGGAAGGUUCCUCAGGACGGAGACUUUGACUUUCAGCUGAAGAACCUUGACUUUGAGGAGCUGCAGCUGCGUCUGACGGCUCUGGACCCCAUGAUGGAGAGAGAGAUCGAGGAGCUGCGUCAGCGCUACACCGCCAAGAGACAACCCAUCCUCGACGCAAUGGACGCCAAGAAACGCAGACAGCAGAACUUCUGAAGAGCCUGAGGAACACUUUCUGACCUGGGCCCGUGUUCAUACAGCGUCUCACGUUCCACAGUGCUGAUCUAGGCUAAGGUGGUCCACUAAUCUUAUUCCUUAUGAUCGAAAAGGCAGAACUGAUGCUAGAUCAGCACUCUGGCAGCAGAAUGCUGAGGACCUUGGAGAAGUCAUUUUGACCUGGUGCUUUCUGACCUGACCAAGGGAGAGGAGAGACCUGACAGCUGUCUGGAAUUUAAUUCACCCUGUGCUCCUAAAUGUCCUCCAUUUUCUCAUCACCACCCCAGUAAGUCAGGAUGACUCCAGUCCACACUAUUUUCCCAUUGCUCAGGACUACUGUAAACAAUUCUUUGCCUCCCCAUCUGUUAAUUAUGAACCUGUAGGUAGCCUUACAUCCCAGAGUAAAAGUUUCCUAAAGAUGUUUCUCCCCUUUUUAAAGCGUCCUUUGACUGCUCAAUACUAGCUGGCUUUCUCCCAGCUCUGCUACUGUUAUUUGGCUCUUGGGAAAGUACCUGCAGUUCUGGAUAAUAUUAAAGCAGUUACUUGUAGACUCUCUGUAAUGUCAGAAAAUGUCCAGAAUAUAUCUGCAGUAAUAGUGGAAUGAUGGUGUUUGACAACAAAACACAGACCUACUUCUGUUGUCAAGAUGGGAGAACUGCCCCCUCCCCCUCUUCCAUCGGCGUCACUAAGAGGCGUGGUCAUCUCCUCGAGCACAACCAACAAUGGCAGACUGGGUAAAAGCGGACAAUGUAGAAAUGACUAUUUCCUGGUUACUACAGUCUUUCCUCAAUUCCGGUUUAUGUGAGAGCAUAUAGUAUUAUUGGAUCAUCUAAAUCGCUGUGAAUAUAUAUUUUUAAUAGCAAAAAAUAUAGUUUUUACAGCUAGUUGGUGGAUGAAAGGGAAAGUAAAAUAGACUUACCACAAUGUUCCAGGGAAGUAUCUGUCAUUCCACUAUGGUAGUGGCAGCCAGCCUGGGGGACGGUGUAGGAGGGGUUCGAUGGAAACCCUGUGGUGUUUGAUAUUAUCAUGAUGUAAUACUGUAUAUAACCCAGUUACGGAAAGCUGUGGCGCUUUGUCCACGACCAAAGACUGUCUUAAUGAGAACGAAAGAGCAAUGAAUUCAUAUGAUCUGAGUGGACAGACUCCUUUUCUAGAAACUAGAUCUGAAACCUAAUGGAGGUGAUCUGAGUGGACAGACUGUUUUCUAGAAACUAGAUCUGAAACCUAAUGGAGGUGGUGAUCUGAGUGGACAGACUGUUUUCUAGAAACUAGAUCUGAAACCUAAUGGAGGUGGUGAUCUGAGUGGACAGACUGUUUUCUAGAAACUAGAUCUGAAAACCUAAUGGAGGUGAUCUGAGUGGACAGACUGUUUUCUAGAAACUAGAUCUGAAACCCUAAUGGAGGUGGUGAUCUGAGUGGACAGACUGUUUUCUCCCAAUAGGAACUAAGCUGAACAACAAUAUAAACACAAUAUAAACACAAUAUGUAAAGUGUUGGUUCCAUGUUUCAUGAGCUGAAAUAAAAGAUCCCAGAAAUGUU